AAUAUUCAUGUGCCUAAUACUCAUUCGUGUCAUAUCAGUGAAAGAGAAACGACAUCUUAAGGAGAAGUUAAUGCUCAAAAUUGGCACGACAGUUUUUAAAACCCAAUCUAAGGAUGAGAUUUUAAUUUAGGAAACCAACAGGUUCAUCGAUGGCCACUAGAUAUUGUAUCCAGUUAAUCAUGACUUAAAGUUUGGCGGACUUUGUUGGCAUUUAUUUGCCAAUGUUUUGAACCGUGAAAUCGAGUGAAGUUUUUUCUUCUCAGCCUUUCUUUUAUCAAGAUUCAUCUGGUUCUAUCCUACAAUGAGCUGCAUCGGAUAUCUAAGACUCCUGGUACGCCGUAAAACCAAGGAUAUAUUCCAUGUAGAGACAAUACUUCAUCGAUGUCUGAACGCCUUGGACUUGACUCUACUCGGCGUGGGUUCCAUGUUGGGCGCCGGGUUGUACAUUGCAACGGGCGAAAUCGCCCGCUCGACAGCCGGUCCAGCCAUCGUGAUAUCUCUACUGAUUGGUGCUAUUCCAGUAUGCUUAUCAUCACUCUGUUAUGCAGAGUUUGGAUCGAGAAUCUCGAAAACGGGCUCGUCCUAUACAUACACGUAUUUUGCGAUGGGGGAGAUUUGGGCAUUUAUAGUCGGCUGGAAUUUGAUUUUAGAAAACAUAAUAGCUGCGGCUCUUCUGGGCCACGAGUCCAGUCGCUUUCUGAACUCCAUCUCCGGUGGAAGGAUUUACAAAUUCUUUACUGAUAACAUUUCAAACUGGCAAAUCACGGGUCUGCUACCGUUUCCUGACUUCGUAGCAUUUGCAAUUGUUAUGAUCUUUACGACCCUUGCGUCGUUCGGUGCGAAUCGAUCGGCGGGGUUCAUACGCGUCGCUAUGCUCAUCAACGUCUUUGUGGUGGUCUUCGUAGUGCUAUCGGGCGUGUACUUCGUCGAUACUAAGAACUGGACUAAAGGAAACUUUGCGCCGUAUGGAUUUUACGGGAUAAUGUCUGGCGCGGCAAGUUCGUAUUUUGCAUAUCUGGGGUUCGACACCUUGAAUACGGCGAGUGAAGAGGCGAUCAAUCCCAAACACUCCAUCCCCAAAGCUUGUAACAUCAGUACGUAUCUGGGCAUAGCCAUGUACCUUCUAACCGCAGGAAUUUUGACUCUAAUGAUACCCUACAAGCAGCUUUCGCCUGAGAUCGCCCUCCCACAAGCCUUCGCAGACGAAGGGUUCCCAAUUGGCAAAUACUUUGUGGCGGUAGGCGGGAUGUCUGCUAUGGCUUUAAGUCUACUCGCGUAUUUGUUCUCAGGGCCGCGCAUUCUCUACGCCAUGUCAAGAGACGGACUCAUGAUCAAAUUUUUCAACAAAAUUAGCUACGCAACGCAGGUGCCAGUUCGCGGCGUGUUAUUCUGCGGUCUUACCGCGGCGUCAGUCUCGCUCUUCGUCAACACCAGCAACCUUGUGGAGAUGCUCUCUAUAGGUACAAUGCUCGCAUACAUCGCCAUCGCCAUUUCAGUACUCCUAGAGCGACACAAACCGGCUGAACCACGCGAGCACGAGUUUCUCUCUAGGAAAACAUCCACCGCGAGUAACGCGACCGAAGAGCCGAGCUGCUGGCGGAAGUUCGCCGAGUUUUGCUUUCGCUGCAAAGGAGAAACAGAGCGCCACUCCUCUGGUCGAUACGCGCCGAUAGACACUUUGCAUGAGCAGAGUGACAGCCGCCAGCCCACGCAGGAUACGUACCACACGGCUUGCCUCAGUACUGCCUGCCUAGUCGUUGGCGCGUUUGGCUUCUGCCUGACCGUGAGCCCCUCGGCAGGCCUCAUGUACAUGCGAGAGAAGAAUCCUUAUGUGAUCGUGGUGUCGUGUGUUUUUCUGUUCGUCGCGUUGGUGUCUGUUGUGAUGAUACUCCUGCAGCCUCGGCGAACACCAAGACCUCGGUAUCACGUACCAUGCGUGCCUCUAAUACCCAUCAGCAGUGUAGUUAUUAAUGAAUAUCUACUGACCAACCUGUCUAAGCUGACCUGGGCUAGCUUCACUGCCUGGACGUUUAUAGGAAUGACUGUCUACUUCAUGUACGGCUUGCAUCAUAGUGAAGAGGAUGAUGACGAGGACAAGCUCAAACAGUUUCUUCUCACCCUUACACCACCGACCCGUGACGCGCGGGACGAUACGGGUGCCACGCGGGAUCACGGCAAGCGAACCUGGCCGAGUAGCGAGGAUUUCACGCCAAUCUCUAGCAACAAUAGCGAGGACGAAGGAUUCCAGUCAACAAUGAUCACAAGUGAUGAGGAUCGUUCCCCCAAAAGGAGGUUGCCCAAUACCAAUGGACUAAAGGGUCCGCCAUUAAAAGAAAAAGCAGAUGAAAACUGACUGAAAGUUGUAUAGAGAAUUUGAAUUUGCGUUUGAGAUUGGAUAGAUAAAUCCAUUGAAUGGAAGACAAUAGAUAAUAAUAAUAGAUAAAAAGUAACGCCGAGAGAACGUGUCAACAUCUAGUUUAUCACAAUUUUCAAGAGGAAUUCUUUUUUGCAGUGUAACAAAAUGAGAUGAUGAAUAAACAAGCAAAUAACAUUUGAUGAGUUCUUUACAGUCGACAAGCUUCAUAUGGUCGUAACACUUGUUCAACGUUUAAACAAGACCUGGACAAUCAAGAUAGAAGUCGGUUGUCUUAGAUAUAGCUGCCCUGAUCGUGCGAAUUCGACAAGCUUCCACAUGGUCGCAACACUCGUCAGACGUUUAAACAAGACCUGGAUGAUCAGACGUCGGUUGUCUAUAGAUAAAGCUGCCCUGAUCGUGUGAACUUAUAUUUAAAAAAAAAAUGGCUGAUACGGCUGGGACAACAUUAAGGAAAUCAGACUAGCCGAGUGUCAGGCGCAUUUUCCAUUCCCUAUGAAGUAUAAACCUGGAACCAAUUUUUUAAUUCCCAUACUAGCAAUUACUUUGAACAAAUGAAGUAAGAGCUGAAGUAAGAAUUCAAGAUAUAAAAUGUUGUUUACUAUUGUUUGUUAAAGAUUCGUGGUUUAUCCUGUCAUGUGCAAUAAACCAAUAAAUCAAUAGCAUUA